GGCUGACACGGUUGUCCUCUCGGGUUGAGGUGCUUGAUGCUCUAGGGUUGCCAGGGUGACGGGGAUACAACAUGGCGCGCUGACAAGUUCUGCCGUGGGGAGGGGGCCUGGCGGUUCAGAGAGGACCUGUGUCCUCACCCCCCUCCCCGCCCCUUGACCCGGAGGGAACCUGCGGGAGAGGCGGGCUCGGAGGAUGAACACUAGAUGCAGUCUGAAGAAGUUAAUUCUCACAGAAGUUAGCCAGUGGAGGAGUCUAGAAGCAUUUGCUGUAGAGGUGAUAUGUAUGGGAGAAGACUAAACCAAAUUAGAGAGCAGAAAGGUAUAUACAAAAACCAGUUAGAAUUGGGUGAGUUUCCAGACGCAUAACUCCACAGAUAAGUAAAGAAUGAAUGAAGAGGGGAUCAGUAUAUCUGGAGGGUGCUAUUCAUGUGCCUAUAAUAUGUAGAUUAGUUUGAUUAAAACUUCAUUAACGCUUCCUGGUCAUAUACGAUAAUAUUGGAAUCAAGCUCUUCAAAUGUACAUGCUUGGAACAUGAGGUGAUUAUAGAUAAUGCCCUAAUAUAUGCUAAAUUUUAUGCAGGUAUUAUGCAGUCCAUUUUAAUGCUGUUAUAGAUAUUAUUUAAGUACAAUAAUAGUAAUUCUUUUAAUAUGUAUAUUGUAUCUAGUGCAGUGAUCCAACAAACUCAGGUUUCUAAAAACUAAACUAGAAAUUACAUGAUUUUCCCCCUAUAGAUUAUUAUAGAGGAUGAUAGGAAUGUGAGAUGUAGUUAACAGAAAGCACUUAAAUGUUAUUUCAGCAAACACAAAUAGAAUUUUUCACAGAAUUCUCAAGAAUAAAUUGUACUGGUAUAAUCCUUUCCCAGUGCAGACAGAUGAACUUUAAUUUUAAACAACUACAGUAAUAAUAUGGGAAUUAGCUGGAAGACAUACAUCUGGGGAGGAAACAAGCGUGCUGUUAGAACAAAAUACAAAACAACUGGUAAAAUUGGAGAGGGAACAUUUUCUGAUGUUCUGAAGGUACAGAGUCUAAAAGAUGGACAAUAUUAUGCAUGUAAACAAAUGAAACAGCAUUUUGAAAGUAUUGACCAUGUGAAUAAUCUGAGGGAAAUACAAGCAUUAAGGCGAUUGAAUCCACAUCCAAAUAUCCUUACGUUGCAUGAAGUGAUUUUUGACAAGAAAGCUGGUGCUGUUGCAUUAAUAUGUGAACUUAUGGACAUGAAUAUUUAUGAAUUGAUCAAAGGAAGGAAAAAACCAUUGCCUGAAAAGAAAAUAAUGAGUUAUAUGUACCAGUUAUGCAAAUCUCUUGAUCAUAUACACAGGAAUGGAAUAUUUCACAGAGAUGUGAAACCUGAAAACAUAUUAAUAAAGCAGGAUCUUCUCAAACUUGGAGAUUUUGGAUCCUGUAGGAGCAUACAUUCUAAGCAGCCAUAUACAGAAUAUAUCUCUACACGCUGGUAUAGGGCACCUGAAUGUCUUCUUACAGAUGGUUUCUAUAGUUACAAAAUGGACAUCUGGAGUGCUGGCUGUGUGUUUUAUGAAAUUGCAAGUUUCCAUCCACUCUUUCCUGGAUCUAAUGAACUUGACCAAAUAUCAAAAAUCCACGAUAUCAUAGGUACUCCUCCUAAGAAGAUUCUUAAUAAGUUCAAACAGUCAAGAGUGAUGAGUUUUGAUUUUCCCACCAGAAAAGGAAAAGGAAUCUCUCCAUUUAUGCCUAACUUGUCCAACAAGAGCCUGACACUUAUGUAUGCAAUGAUACAGUAUGAUCCUGAUGAAAGGAUCUGUGCGCAUGAAGCACUGCAGCACCCUUACUUUAGAGAGCUGAGGUUGGCAGAGAAACAAGCUUUAACCAUACACCGAAAAAUGAGAUUAGUAGGAAAUCCAUUAGAAAGGGAUUCUCUUGGUUUGCGGCGUAUUUCAAAGGAGGAUCAAAGGCAGAACUUUCUUAGGCAAGCCCAGGAGAAUCCACUGGGACAUCAUGGACUUCCCAAUGCAGUUGAGUUGCCAAAACUGACAGUUCCUGCUGUAACCAACUUGACUUCUUACCCUAAUCCUUCAUUUCAGUCAGUUUUUACCCUCCCAGCAUCCAACAGACAAGUCCAGGUUUUGCAACCUAUAACAUAUUUUGGGACACAUCGCAAGUCUGAAAAACGGAAGGAAUUUAAAUCUCCUAUGAAACAGUACCACUUGCCUGCUCUGGAAAGACGAGAUGGAGGAUUUUGAUGGAUCAAAACUCUCAUGAACUCUCUGGAUUCUUUGAAACAGUACACAAAUGGCGAUAGUGCCUUAUCACCUCAAAUGCUGCAAGAAGAUGCUACAACAAUCAUUCUUUGGGACUUACACUUUUUUUUUUAAAGCCAACUAUGUAACCACCAUUUUUAUAGCUCAGAAUGCACUUUGAUUUUUUUUUUAAGAAGUUCCUGCUAUUUUUUAAAAAAGUUUUCUUUUAAGGUGAUCAUAUAUUUAAUUGUGUUGCACUGGCAGGAAUGAAUUGUUACAACUUUUAUAUUAAAUACUGCAUUGUGUUUUUUUUAUAUAUCUCUCUCUCUCUCUAAUAAAACUGAAUUUCUUGGGGGGAGGUUGUAUAUGUACCUAUAGGGAUAAUCAGAGCCAAUCUUCUUUGAUAAUCAUUUAGAAGCUUCAAAACUUAAGUCUUAAGGUUAGUUUAAUUUAAAUAUUACCUAGUAUAAAAAACUGUUUUCCAAAACAAGUAAUGUAAAUUAACAGGUUUUUGCGUGGAUGGCAGAUGAAAAAGAUUAAUAGUUGUUACUGAAAUGUGCUCUUAUAUGGAAAUCUGAGCAGUGUAAGCAUGUUUCAGAUGAUGUAGUUUGUCACACUGACAUAGCUGAAUGUAGAACAUUGGUUCUGAAAAGGCCAUGAUGUUUGAAACUUUGGUGGAGGGAGUAACCCACUCUAAAGGGCAUUUAAUUUAGCUUUUCAGAGGUAUCAGCAAAAAUAAAAUCACAUUUUAAAAAUAAGUUUAUUAAAAGACUAAGAGGAUUUUUAUAGGAUUGUAAGAUUAACUACACUGUCCUCUCACAAAGCACUGUCAAAUACCAUCUCUAUAACAAGAAAAAAAUGGUGUAUUGCACUAGAGUGAAAAAUACUGAUAGAUCUUACUUGACCAAAAGUAAUAUAACAGAUGCACCUUAAACAACAUCCAAAUAUCAGUGCUUCAAAACAAAAUGGCAAAAUGAAUAGCUAAGACUGGACUGUAUCUUAGAGGAGGUCAACCACAAUGGUAUAACUUGCUGAAAAGUCACAAAGAGAAUACAAAUACAAUACAAUACAUAAAGCAAAUAUUUAAAAGUGCUGUAUUUUUCCGCUAUGCAAAAACAAUCAUUUGCUUGGGCAUUCGGUAGCCAUGCUGAGUUGGCUGGAUGUACUCUUGCCAUUAUUUAUAUUUUUGUUCAAACCAAACUGGGAGGGAUUGAUCUACUGAAGAAUUGUGUAGACAAAAGAUGAAGGGAUUUUUGCUGGUUUCUCUUCAUCACUUUCCAUACUAUCCCACAGAAUCCUCCAGGUCUUCAGGACAAGGUUUUCUUUUGGGAAGGACAGGGACUUAAUUUGAAAUGGAGAAUUUGGAGAAAAUUAUUUUUCAUACCCCCCACUUCCCAAAAAAACUCUAGCAGGAAAUUCUGAGUGGAAUUCUCAGAUGUAAUCUGGAUCUCAACCUAUAAAUGCUAAGGACUACAAACAAGAAUGGAAAAAAAAUCCUUUUAAGAACUUUCAUGUUCAUAAUGCACAAGCAUUAAUAUUUCAUACAUUUACUGGCUUUAGUCAUAUUCAGAAUAUUGGAAACUUGUUCUAGGAUUUUGUAAUUUAAAACAAGGCACCUACAGUAUUGAAUAAAGUGCAAUGCAAUUUGAAUAAAGAGUUAAAAUAUUGUAGAGUCUCUAGUCAAUUUCCAAACUUAUAAAAGAAUGUUUCAGUUUAAUUAUUACAUGUUUAA